AUCCGGAGUUACAGUAUCUGAGAGGCUCACAGUCAGGGGGUGUGUUGCCCUAAAAAAAAGUAAAGGCAUCGAGCAAUAUCCGACUGCGCAGCUUAUCUGUAUGCAAAAAUCUAUCGCUUGUAUUCGCUUAAGCUUUUUGUGCGGAGAGCCAAAGCCGACUGUUUAGCUGAGAGGGCACAGCAUGGCAGCGGUGGGAUCCAGAGCAGGACUAGACACGAUAUGCACAGAUGGCCAGGACGAAUUGGUCUACAUGCAGUGUUGUGGUCAGGGAGAAGGGGUGGGUGUGCAGAAGAAGCUGAAAGCAGGGACAGAGUGGUCAGCUGAUGGAAACGCACAGCAAACAAACCUUUUAUCCUUCCCACGGUCUUCCGGUGUGGACUUACUAUACAGAAGUCCUGAGUCAGUGGAGAUGGAUGAGAUCAUGGCUGCAAUGGUUCUCACCAGUCUGUCCUGCAGUCCAGUGGUCCAAAGCCCCCCGCAGAGGGACCUCCUACCAGGGGACAUGGAGUGUUGUGGAGGUGAGCUGUCUGACAGCGGCAGCAGUGGUUACUGGAGCUGGGACCAUGGCAAUGUCAGCCCAGCCCCUUCUCCAUCGGUCACUGAGAUGGACAGGAGCCUGGGCCAACCAACAGAUGAAGGACUGCACAUGGAGCUGGACCAAGCCGCAUGUGAGGAGCCUGAGGCCAGGAGGUGCAAGAGCUUGAGCAGGGGAGCGUACAGGUGUCUGUGGCCUGGCUGCGGGAAAGUGCUGACAUCACGGGUUGGAAUGAAACGGCACAUUCGCAUUCUUCACCUGGGUGGGGGCUCAGAGCAGUCCCACAGGGAGGAAGACUUCUACUACACAGAAGUCUCCUCUGAAGAUGAGGAAACUGCACCUCCAUCUCCAGCUCCAUCCUUCUCUAGCGGGGCCUGGACCUCCUGCAGCUCCACACAAAGCCAAUCCACCCCAGGACCCCAAGAUGCUCCAGUUCAGUCAAGCCCACUCAGCCAAUCAGCUCCAAGCAGCGUGUGGCAGAUCCACACUGAACAUCUCUAUCAGGCCUGUGCAUCCAUUCAGGUGACGGUCUCUCCUGGCUCUCCCACCUUUUGUAACUGGACCCCAACUGGUGACGUCCAGCAGAAACCUCAGAUUCCAGCAUCUCGCAGCCGGUCGGUGAGUGUUGGGGAACAGUGGUUACAGAGAAACAGCGCCCCCACCAGAUCACAGACCAUGAGCGCAUCUCCCUCCAGAGGGCACUGUUCAUUCAGGAAGGGCCGAGGCGAGGCCAAAAAGUGCCGAAAAGUGUACGGCGUGGAGCGGAGGGACCAAUGGUGCACUGCCUGCCGCUGGAAGAAAGCCUGUCAGCGGUUCCCAGACUAAACAAAAAAAAAGACUUUAGGAGAUGAGGAAGAAUCUCCAUUUUCUUUCUUUCCUCCAACUCUUUUCCUGCACUGUAAAGGACCCGCCUUUUCACUUUUCUACCUUUUUUUGUUUUCCUAGCUGAGUUAAAAGUGUUCUUGUUAUGUUUUCCCACAAAGUGAGCGCUGGUACUAGCUGUUGAGACUGUGGAGUAAUAGGUGAAUUCUGCCCUCUCACAAGAUAAAAGUGUAAUCCUGUAUCUGAUCGAAGUGUUUUUCUACCCAAGUCCUGCACUUCAUCCAUACCUGAGAUAUUUAAGUGAUUGUUGAUUUUUGUAUACUGUGCACAAUGUAUUGCUUUGAGCAUUUUCAUGAUGUUUUUCUAUUGCCGUUUUGUUAGCCUGAAAGGUGUAACCGUGUAAUGUCAUGUAUUGUCUUUAUUUUUUUUCUAUUUACCCUGAAUUUAGUCACAACUUUUCUUAAGGUUUGACUAAGGUCGUAUGCCAUAGCGCUUCCUAAUCAAUCUAAACUGCCAGAUAUAAAGCUACAGUGGUGUUGACUGAAAGAUGUGAAUGAUGCUGGCCACAUUGGUGCCCACAGGAUGUUUUCUGAUGGAGAUAAAAAGUGCAGCUAUAACCUUUUGAUUGAAUACCAAAGUGCUAUUGCAAAGAGUUAAAGGGAGCUUGACUGAAUAUUGCCCGGAGAAUAGAUCGGGCUUGUUUCCUUUUGUACGUUUCUUGUCAUCCUUCCAAAAAAGUGUUAAGGUCUUGUACAAUACUGGAAUCAUCUUCUUGGGAACAUCUAAAAGGAUUUGAAAGUGUAACAUCAUACUGAAAAAAAAUAAAAAAUAAUAAUCAUGUAUGAUUAAAAGACAGAUAAAAUAUGCAAAUAUCAAAAGCUUGUCAUUUGUGCAUGACAAAUAACAAGAACCAUGUAAAAUUAUUUUAUUGGCCUUUGUGUGCAUUUCAUGUACAAGUGGAGAGGAUUAAAAGAGAAAAAAAAC